AUGCAUUUCUCCACUGCUCUCACGCAUUUGAGCGUGGGUACGGCAGGUGCUGUUGCCGAGCUAGUCUUGGAUCCCAAAUUAAAGUACUGGGUGCUCUUUCCCAUUUCCAUUGUGAUGAUUCUGGUCGGUGUAAUGCGUCAGUAUAUCAUGGUAAUCCUCGGCCCCAAAGUCAAGAGUAUUCCUAGGAAGAAAUUGACCGAAUUCCAGUACAUAAGCAAGGCACAAGCGCUGCUGGGAAAUGGCACAAAUCUGAACCGCCACUCUUUCAACAUGAGACAAGAGUAUCUGGCGGAGGUGCUCGCUGAAGGCAAAUUCUUGGCGCAACAGGGUAAGCCGGAAACGCCUCCAAAUCCUUUGACAGAUCCAAAUGCUUCGGAUGCGAUGAUGGGUAUGGUCAAAGGUAACCUUGCCAAUUAUAUUCCGCAAACUAUUAUUAUGUGGUGGGUUAACCAUUUUUUUGCAGGUUUCCUGCUCAUGAAACUGCCUUUCCCACUUACUGUUAAAUUCAAAGAGAUGCUCCAGAGUGGAAUCAUGACUUCCGACCUCGAUCCCCGCUGGGUUAGUAGUAUUUCAUGGUACUUUAUUUCUACCUUGGGCCUAAACCCCGUGAAUAACUUGCUAUUCGGAAACAGUGAGGGCGACGCCUUGGGAGUGGUCCAGCAGCAACAACAAAUAGAAACCAUGCCUGGCGGUCCAACCCCCGAUGUCAUAAUGAAGAGCUUGGCCAAUGAUAUUACUAUCGCUCAACACGAGUCAUGCUUUGACAACAUUGAGGACAGGGUGCUAGAGCUUUACCAAUAA